AUGGCAACUACUUGUAAACAGACUAGUCGCACUCAAAUGUUCCUGGGAAAAGAAGAGCACGGCGGUUUUUCUCGAUUUGAGAAUGAGUGGAAACUAAUAUGCAUAGAGGAGUUCAGUGGGACUGCGACAAAGCCACGGUUCCUAGAGAGAUUGGAAGGAUAUCUCGAGAGAGAGCUGAGAGCUCUGGACCCACAGUCCCCAGUAGUGCAAGAACUCAGGCUACAGGCGUAUCGAGAAGUCUUUGACCACUUCAUUGAGGCAUUGAAAACAUACAAGCCACUUUUGUCAGCUAUCAAAAGUGAAUAUGAAAUCACAUUAGCGCAUCAGACAGAGCAGAUCAGGGAAAUAAAACCUCUGCGAGCCCAGCUGGUGCUCGUGUCUGAGCGGUGUGAGAAGAGGAUUCUGGACUGGAACAAACAAGAGAGUGAAGAAAUCAAGACUCUGAAACAGGAAUGCCAGCAUCUGCAGUCAGUCAUUGAAGACAUGAGGGAAAGACAGCGUGCCCUGGACACCCAAGUUUGUCAUUUAAAAAAGGACCUGGCUGCACAGUAUCUGAAGUACAGAGAGGAGCGUGAUGCCCGAAAGUUGCUCAUCGUGACAAUGAGUAAUACUGCUCAAGGGUCGGAAAAGCAGCCAGAUGAGCAACAGGAAGAGUCUGUAGACCCAGUGAAGUUGAAACUGGCACUGAAGGUGUGUCGGGAAGACCUGAUGAAGGCCCAGCAGGAGCUUAAUCUCUUACAGGCCAACUACUGGGAUGUGGUGCCCCGCAGGGACUGGGAAAAUCUGGAGCGCACACACACACAGACUCUACUCAAGCUUGAGACUCUACAGACAGACUUUGAUCAGAUGAAGAUGGAGUAUGACACAUUGCUGGGUGUGCACCAGCAGAUCACCAUGCAGAGAGACAAUCUCCAGGCAGAGUUGAAGGCUUUUAGGGAAACUUCCACACCUAGGCCUCAGUGGGACAUGUGCACAGAUAUGCUGGGUACCAGAAAGCCUUGGGCUGAACUCUUUGAUGGCCAGUCCAGCCGCAGGAGACUUGAGAUCCUGCUGGCGGAGCUAAAUGGAGAAGUUUCUGAACAGAACGAGUUCUUCACUGGACUGGGUACUUCUGAUGAUGUACCAGCACACCUACGCUACAAGGGCCAAUUAAAAAACCUUAAACUAAAGAAAGAAGAUGUUGUGAGACUUAUUAAGGAUGUCUGGAGAGAGAAAACUGUGGAAGAUGAAAAGAGAGAUAACCGCAGCAAUCUGUCAGAGUUUUUGCGUCGAUAUCUGGAGAGCCAUCAUGGGAGACAGGCAGGGGAGUGGGCCUACAGCCUGAUGGACAGCAUACAACACCAUCUGAACAAUGACCUCAUCAGUCUCUUUCAUGACAUCCUCACAGGAAAGGUGGAUGAAAGCCUGUACCAUGGGCAGAAUCACAUGCUGUCUAAUCUUCUAAAAGUGCUGAUACAAAGAGAUGCCACAGAGAAUGGAACACUAACCAUUUCAGAAUUCAGUGAUGCCCUGAGGACAACUUUCCCACUGAAAGGAGAUCAGGACAUAGAGGAACUGAUAAAAGCUGCUCAGAGUGAAUUGGGACCCAGUGGAGGCAUUGCUUAUCAAAGGCUUUAUACAGAGGAUGCAGAUGGGAAACAAAGAAAUUUCCUGUCUCUGGUGAAAAGACAAGCUACCACUGAGAGACACCAGUACAUCAGCCAGCUGAGAACACAACUGGAAAGCAUGGGGGAGGUAGGAAUUUCGGAAUUAAGAACUGCGUUCGAGACUAUUGAUCCCACACUGGACUCUGCAACUCUGAACUGGAACCUCAGCGUAGCUUUCAGUAUCCCUGUUGCACAGCUCCACCUGCACAGUGCAAAUUUGGACACAGAAGUGGCACUACAGCGCCUCUUAGUGGCUGAUGUGAAAAGGGAAGGACCUGUGGCACAUAACGACUGA